AAAGUCUUCGAAGAUUAUAAGAUACCAUAAACUAUGAACGCCGCCGGGCGCUUGCUGCGACUCCAAAAUCAACAUUUUUAAGGUAUCUUUUUGGCGGGAUAUUCUGGUAUCUACAGUCUUUAAACUGCAGUCAUGCCUCUAUCAACAAAGACGAAGGUGAUGCUAGCAGUGGCAUUCUCUGUCACUGUCACAGGACUAAUGGUCACGGCUAGCCUUCUCAGAAGACGUAAACGUCGUAAGCAACCCAGAACCAUGGUCAAACCUAUAACAAAUGUCUUUUCGAAUGCAGCUACUACGAGCAACAAUCAGCAGCCCCGUCCUUACUCCCGUCAGCUGACCAGUUCCCCCAAGACGGCUCCUAAACAGAGAGUACCUCCUAUGAGAGCACAGUCUUCAUCUAGUGCCAGGGCUAGUAAAGCAAGUUCUAUCAGCUCCUUGUCUAGUGUCAGCACCCUGCGUAGCGGAGCUGCCAGUUCGGGCAGUGGAGCUCUGACACCAGUCAACACAUCGGAUUUGAUGACGGUGGAGGGAAUGUUCAAUCUAGGUAAAGAAGCAUUUGAAAGAGCCAUCAGCUACUGGAGGACUGCUCUUCAUGUACAACAUCAAUCACAAACUGAAAUAGAUGGACAGGCACAGAUUCAGGAGCCGGUAGACUCCAACUUCAUCUGUCAGCUGGAGAAGUUAAUUGAAGCUGCAGACGGUCUCCGACCAGAGAUGGACGAUACCGCCAACAGGUUAUCGGCUUCUAAUCUCGGCGAACUCUCUUUAGACAUCAGCCAUGUGAGCAAUGUAUCUUGGGACCGGGAAUUCUCUCGGAGUAUCAAGAGCGACAGUGCAUCAGACUCAGACUCCUUUGUUUCGGCAGCAGAGCUGGACGACCUUUCAUCACUCACGAGUGAGCUGAACUUCUUCUCCGGGGAUGAAAGCUCUCCUGAGCUCUAUCACCGAGCUCUAAGGGUGGUCAAAGAGGGCGGUGUUCAGGCAAGAAGAAUAAGAACUGAGGUUUUGCAGUGUUCGAGUGAUGAAGAUUUCCUUGCCAAGUUACACUGUAUUCGCCAAGCCACCAUAGUUUUGUUCCAAGAUGGCACGGUUAAAGAUUACUUUUCAGAUGUAGGCCUUCAACUGACUGCCGAUCUACUGUGGCAUGCAAAUUAUGAUACAGAAGGGUUUAUUAAGGCUUAUGAUGAGAUGAUGACGUACGUGAAAGACCCAGGCAGCUGGAAAGACAUUGAACAGGAGCUUUAUGGAAGGAAGGUGAAGUUUCUUUCAUUCUAUGACAUUGUGUUGGAUUUCUUUCUUCUUGAUGCUUUUGAUGACCUGGCCAACCCACCCUCAUCAAUUCAAACAGUUAUUCAAAACAGAUGGUUAUCUAAUGGAGUCAAAGAAACAGCUCUUGCUACGGCUGUUUGGUCUGUACUAGCAGCAAAGAGGAGAAUGCUCCAGAAUCCCAAUGGUUUUCUAGCCAAGAUGUACAGUAUAUCGCAUCACAUGACUCCAGCGUUAGCCUGGGGGUUCAUGGGAACUAACGAGGAGUUGAAGAAACUUAUGAUCUACUUCAAGGACCAAGUUAUGCAAUUUUGCCGAGCCAUCUUCUCGUUAAAACGAUGCAGAUAUUCAUCGAUACCAGAACUCUCAGAAGAUAUAUAUUCCUUGGCUAGGGAAUACGGUGUCAUCAUCAACCAGAGAUUGAAUUCAACAAGCUGAGUGUUGACACAAGAUAUUCUUAAAUAUCAGAAGUCUCAGAAGAUAUAUAUAUUCCUUGGCUGGAGAGUAUGGCACCUUCGUUGUCAUGAAUACCCGUUGUUUGCACCUCUUGAAAAGAAUACUUCUACCUUUUCCUUGUUGCAUAUUUUGCUGUAUUUUCACCAAACUCCAUGGCCGUACACAGCUUGGUAGCGGAAUGGGGGCAGUUGUCCUCCUCCCCUUCAAGAAAUUUUCAAAACAUUUUUAUUGCUUAUUUUCAGAAAAUCAAUUCAAAUUGUGCACCAGAUUUCACAGUUCCAUCUUAUUGAUUAAAAAAUGCUGUCAUGAUCAGCUCGAUCACUUUGCUCCCUCGCUUUCAAAUCUUAGCUGUUUUUGCCCCUUUGAGAAAUAAAUUUUACAUAAUGCCCUUGUUUAAAUAAACCUCCAUGUGCAGAUAAUAUCUUCAGCCACUUCAUUCGUCACUAGUGAUGAGCUUUCGCUUGAUAUAAUUAUAGAGAAAGUUCUCUCUUUUGAGUGCAGACUUAAUUUGGUCAUUAAAUCAUUGCCAAAUGAUUAAUUGCUUUCAUGCCAUGAGUGAACUUGCCACAUUCUAGUGUACCUCUUAAUCUGCGAUAGGAUGCGAUAGAUAAUUAUACCUUAAACAUUAUUAUUGGCUUUCAUUUUAACAGGGUCUUUCUUGUAAUUUUAUAUUUCAAUUAUUUUUUUUUCAAAUUUGUGUCAUGACCAAGAAGUCACUCAUUGCAUGAAUUAAAAAGGAUAAGGUAUGGCCCUUUAAAAAUGAUUAUACAAAAUUACCUCAGAGGAAUAUUUUCAUCAGUUUUCAUGGGAAAUUUGAUAGCAGUUGUUUGCUUAUUCUUCCAGUUUUAUGAUAAACAAUGGUUAUGUUAUGUAAUUUGUGUUCCAUAUAUUGCCUCAUAAGGUUAAUUUAACAUCCGCUCUCUGUGUCCGAACGAUCCUUAGGUUGAGGCGAAGAAUGUAUCAUAAUGGGAUAGCAAGAAGCUGUCACUUUAUUACAGUUACAUGUAUUUCCACUUCUAAUCACAAUUUUGGGAUGCAGCAAAUUACAAUUCUUUCUUCAUGAAAACUGACGAUGAUAUGUCUUUGAAAAAAAGAAAUAUAAUGCUAUUUCAAAUUGACCAUCCUUAAUGAAAAAUCUUAAUACUUUUUUAGUUCAUCAUCUUUAAGGUCAUUCAAAGAAACAGUAUUCUUUUCAAUUAUUUUGUAUGUGGUUACUUCGAGAAAUAUAUCCAAUUUUCCAUGAACUAUAUUGUAUUCCCAUUAAUGUUUUACCCAAUAUAUGAAUAAUAUAGAUAUCGUAUCUGGGUGUCACAAAAUCCAGUUUUCAUAUGCCAACUGACUAUCUAAUGUUCUUGUAUAGUUGAUAAGUUCUGCUCUCAUUCAAGAGUGAAUGAAUGAUUUCCUUAUGUAUGAAUAGGAAGGAUAUUUUAAUUCUGUAUAUAAUCAACAAUAAUCAUGUGCAAUAAGUGUGCUAUCUUAAUAUUACUAAGGGAACUUCAUUGAGUUUUUCAAUAUCAGUUUUGCUGCAGUACAAUGCUUAUUCUUUUGAUAUUUGAAAGCGAGACCACAUCCACAUGUUACUACUUAUUGUAAAGAAACAUACACAUUAUUUGUUUAAUACUUGUAGUAAUGAUUAUUGUGGCAUGUAACAUUUGCUAAAGAACAAAUCAGGCAGUAGGGACAUGGUAAAUCAAAUUGUUAACUGAUGGACAUUUUCAUAAAUCGUAUUUUAUAUAUUCAUCAUCGUGAAAAUACAAGUUACAGUUAGGCUAGGCCUACCUAUUGAUGAUUUUAUUUGCCCAUUAUAAAUAUAUGAAUGAAUUCAAUCAUCAGAAUGGGGACUAUUUGUUAUGUUCUUUGAGGUUAGGGAUAGUUGAUUUUCUCUAGCAAGUAGCAUUGCCCCCUCUUAAAUCAUCCAUCUUCUUAUUGCUUGCUUUCAAGCAUCCAUGCUUCUUAGCCAGUAGCGUAAUGAGCCAAAACUUUUGAGGGGGCCAGACAAUGGCGUAUGGGGCAACAUUUCUAAAAGGCUAUGAGCGAGCAACAUUUUUCACCUUUGACCAGUGAUAGAUUUUAACAUAAUAUUCAGAAAUAACACAAUAUGAUAUUUCAACCCUUUUCUCCCUUUUUCUGUGCCAUUAUUAUUUAUAUUUUUUUUGGGGGGGUUCAUGGCACCCUAAGCUCCUUCAUCUGUAUGCCAGUGUUCUUAGCAAUCCGGUAACAAAAAGAUCACCACCCCAUGUAUAAAGGAAAACCCUUUUUUCCGAUCAUUAAAAUGUAAUUAUUCAUAACAGAUUGAUGAUAUAUUCAUAUUCAGACACUCUCAAAUAGACAUUAGAGACCUUUCGUUUUCUGCGACGAGCCAUGUGGACAUACAAGAUUAUGGAAUUUUGGGAGCCCUGCGCAUGUGUGAAGAAAUCUGCGACGAGCCCUCUCAUUGCCCAAAUCUGUGACUCGUAUUUGAGGGUUUUGACGUUCGGUGUCAUAGUGCUCGAACGAGCGCAAUUUUCAAAAUGUCAAUUUACAAAAUAUGUGUCAUAUAAUCUUUAAAUAAAAUGAAUUAUUGGAUUACAAAUUAGAUAUACAAUGCGUUACUUUCAAAAUAGACACACCCUAUGCAGAAAUUUGAUUGCAUUAAUCAGUAAUUACCUUGCAUACCCACCUUGAUGUAGCUUUGUGAUGUUGAUGACAUGAUAAUUAUUGAACCAUACCAUGGUAUAAUCAUUGUCUUGGAAAGCUCUUGUAUUAUCCCCGCUACGCCCAGCCGGCUCUGUAUUGCAAUGAUGGUCAUGCACCUGCAGAUAUUGUCUGUACUCCGUGUAGACCGGAACACCGCAAGCAGGUGACACUAGUUGUAUCUUGUGUUUACCAAUGGUAAAUAUUACCCAGGAGCCAGCCAUUAUUUGAAGCUAGGAUCUCAGAAUUCAAAGACAAUUUCUCACAUUCAUGUGAGGUAAUAAUAAUAAUCCGCUUUUAUAUAUUGCUUAAUACAUCGGAAGGACAUCUCUAAGCGCUUUACGGAUAUAUUAUUGCCCUGGUCAUCGGAUCUUGGCAUGCCCGCACACAAUGUAUGCACCUUCUCCACCCCCUGGGGAGCAUUCCAAUAAGAGUUCCAAGACUCAAUUGCUAGGCAUACUAUGUACCCAUUUAACACCUGGGUGGAGAGUGGUGGAGAGAUAAGCUACCUAUUGUGAAGAAAUAUACCAUGUGCUCAGAAUAUUCGUAGAAGCAGACCUAUUUUGUGUUUGUGAGUGGUGGCUCUGUGCAACGUGUCCUAUGCAGUAGUGAAAUCCAUCAGUUUCUUUCAAAAAUUGAAGCAUUUAAUUGAUGGAACUUCAGGGAGGAUAUUCUUGGCUUGUUCAAUGUUUUUACAUUAUCUAAAAGUUUUUGAGCCUUAUUCUGAUGAUAAAGUUUCUGUUAUGUACAUGGACAAUCUGCAGUUGUGGUACACAAACAUUUUUGUAGACUGAGCCCAAAUUCAAUUCAAAUUCUCAAAUGGCUUAAGUGUUUAAACUGGAAAUAAAUGGGGAUAUGAAAAAGAAAUGAAAAUAAAUAAAUAUGUUAAAAUAAAUGAUAGUGAACCAAAGAUCACAAAAAGAUUGCUUGUUUCACGCAAAGUGAAAUACAUGGAUUAAGGUACACACUACAUUUUACUGUAUAUACAAAUUGCUAUGUCUAUCCAUCAUCAUUUUUGCACUUCUCGACACUCCUUCCAGUGGCUCACUUUAUUCAUCAUCCCAGUACAGGGGCCGUGGAACAGUUUUGAAAGUGGGGGGGAUUGACCAUGCAAAACGUCACAAUUAGAUGGUCAUGUUUACGUUUCUGUACACUAUUUUAGAAAAAGGGGGGGCUGAAGCCCUCAUUCCCCCCCCCCCCCCCUGGUGUCAUGGCCCCUGCAGUAGAGCUUGUAUAAGCUGCCAAAGGGAUUACUACAUCAAGUAUCUACCCGGUCUAGUCUCUGAUUCAUGAAAUUUUUCAUCCUUGUCAAUUUACCAACUACAGUUAAAAGCUACUGUAAUGGCUCAAUAUGAUUGGCUGGCUCUGAUUUCUUGUAGAAUUCCAGUAUUUGUUAUAGAUUGUAACACUUGUGAGGGGAAAAGUCCUGAAUCCUUUCUGCUCAGCUGCAUCUUCACCCUGUAAUAUUUCAAGUUAUGUUUGAAAUAUGAAAGUACAAAGAUAUGUUUUAAAUCUUGUGGACAAUUAAAGUAUUUUUUAAUGUUUUGCUACCUGAUGCACCUCCUAUUGUACCUAUGCAAUAUAAAAGCAUGCCUUGUGUUAUUGAAUGCCUGGUUGUAUUCAUUGUCUGUAUAUAGAAAUAAAUAAUGAAGAGACUCCUCA